AUGGAUGAAAACCCCUGGGAAGAUGAAUACAUCAAACCACUAAGAUUAUCUAAACGUAGAGAUAGUCGAUCUAGUCAACCUGAUAAUGAGUUUAAAAUGAGACCCAUUCGAUUGACCAGUAAGACUGAAGAUACACCAGAUUUAGCCCAUGAAAGGAAAUCAGAAGAAUUACCCAGUCCCCAAACUCCUCGUAGAAGAUCAAUUCAAAUCAAAAACUUACCCAUCAUAGAGAAAUCUCCUCCAAAAUUACGUAUAGAAAGUAACUCCAGUGAUUUUAUAUUUGCUAUUUGUUUAGUUGAUUUCCAUCAUAUUAGAGGUCCAGAGAUUCAAUGGUGGAAAUCAAAUUACCUUGAAACUAUCGAUAGCAAUCUUUUCAAGAACUUACCCUUUCAAUCAUUACCCGAUGGAUCUCAUUUAUUUGAAGAAACCUUCUCCAAUUUCAAUUUGGUGUAUGAUUUCUCUACUAACAAAUCUUAUGAUAAUUUAAACGAUCUCAUCAACUUCAACGAUGAUCCCAGGAACUUGAAGACAUUGUUUGGAUGUUCAUGUAUCAGACAAAUCAAUAUCAACGAACUAAGUGAAGAAGAAUUGAAAAGAAACAAAGAUAUCAAGAGAUCUAUCAUUCAGAAAGCUUUAGUUAUCAUCAAUAAAGAUAAACCUAUAUUCACCAAAAUCAAAGAUAAGCUUUCGAUAAUCACAAGGUCUUAUUUCCUUCAAGAUAAUUUGAGUAACUUCGAUGUGUUGGAGAAUUUGUUUGAAAACUUGAACAAUGAAAUCAAUUUCAAUGAUAAUGAAGAGUUCUUUAUCAACUUAAACUUGAAACAAUCCUUACUUCAGCUAGGGAACAAGAUGUUGAUCAUCUUCAAGGCAUUAUUGUUGGAAAAGAAGAUUCUAAUCUAUUCCAAUAAUAAAUUGGAAUUACUUACUAAGUUCCAGAAUAACCUUAUAAGUCUUAUACCCAAUCUAAUCAACAAUUUGAUCUAUUCAGGGUGUCAAUUGAGUGAUUAUCAAGAGAUUUAUAAUGGGAAAUUGGUGAAACCAACAUCUUUAAAUACUGAAAAUAGAGACUCCAUGUUGAAAUUCUUUGGUUUACCUUUGAAAAUCUUCAAUACUAAAGGUUCUUUCUGGAAUCCUUACUUGCCCUUACAGCAAAUAAACCAAUUGAACUUCCCCGAAACCAAAAGUUUCAUGAUUGGUUGUUCUAAUCUUUUAUUCGUCAACCAACUGAAAGAUUUGGGGGUGGAUUUGUUGAUAAAUCUCGAUACUUAUGAAAUGUCUUCUCCUAAUGGUUUGAACAGUGAAUUAUCUUUGACUUCCAAUGAUAAAGCUUUCAUGAGUAAUUUGAUCUCCAAAUGUUCAGCCGAUGUGGUAGAUGAUGAGAACGAAAACUUCAUAGGUAAUGAUGAUUACAUAAGAUACCAAUUUGAAGAUUACUUGUUAUCAUUAUUAUCCACCGUAAGGUUCAACCAAUAUGUUCAAAAGUUCGGACAAUAUCCUCCGGGGUUCUCCAAUGCUUCUAAUAGCAUCAAUGAAGAUAAUAACGUUUAUAAUGGAGACUUAUCGAUAUUUAAUAGCAGUUUCAUAAAUAGUUGGAAAACCACAGAGAAUUUCGACAUUUGGGAUCUUACAUGCGAUGAGUUUAUCUUUAACUUCAUCAACCCCCGUCAUGUUCAAGUAGAUUUCAAUAAUGAAUCAGCUAUCAGUAGUUUCUUUAAUAAUCUCAACUUCAAGUUUAAGAAUUUAAAUGUAGAUGAUGAAGAAACCAAACCCAAUAAAUUUAUCAAUAAGAAGUUUAGUGAUGAAGAUUUUAAACAACUGAAAGAUAAGAAGAAAUGGUUCUUUAAUAAAUAA